AUGGCGGCUCCCCUCGCCACGAUGAAAUUUUGGAAGCCGGGGUCUGAGGCACCCGGAAUAUCAGAGGAGCGGGAGCUCACAACAGAGACCACUGGUUCCCCAAUCAUUUUCAAUCCGCACACCGCCCUCUCCAUAGAGAAGCAACGGCAGAAACUCCCUGUGUUUAAGCACAGAAAUAACAUCUUGUACUUGGUGGAGAGCUACCAGACUGUCAUCAUCGUCGGAGAGACGGGAUGUGGAAAGACGACACAGAUUCCGCAGUACUUGCUGGAGGCAGGCUGGGCAGCAGAAGGCAAAGUUAUUGGGGUGACACAACCCCGUCGUGUGGCUGCUAUCUCUGUGGCUAAUCGAAUUGCAGAAGAGCGAGGCGCACUGCUGGGACAUGAGGUGGGCUAUACUAUCCGAUUUGAUGACUGCUCUGAUCCCCAUGCCACCAGGAUCAAGUUCUUGACAGAUGGUAUGCUGGUACGAGAGAUGAUGGCUGAUCCUCUCUUGAAAAAAUACAGUGUGUUGAUACUAGAUGAGGCACACGAGAGAACCCUGUAUACAGACAUAGCCAUUGGUUUACUAAAGAAGAUUCAAAAGAAGCGGCGAGAUUUGAGGCUGAUUGUGGCCUCUGCUACCCUGGAUGCCAAGAAAUUCCAAGAGUUCUUCAAUUUGAAUGAAACUGAGGAUCCCAACAAGGACACAUGUGGGAUUCUGACAGUGGAGGGUCGUACCUUUCCUGUGGAUGUUUUCUACACUGUCAGUCCAGUUCCAGAUUACGUGAAGGCCACAGUGGAGACGGUGAUGAAGAUCCAUGAGACAGAGGAUGAUGGAGAUGUCUUAGCUUUUCUCACAGGCCAGGAAGAGGUGGAGAAGGUGGUGUCCCUUCUACAGGAGCAGGCCAGAACUCUGUCACGGUACGGAAUGAAGAAACACCUGAGGGUGUUACCCAUGUAUGCUGGUCUACCAUAUGCUGAGCAGAUGAAGGUCUUUGAGAGGGCACCCCCUACUGUGCGCAAGGUGGUGGUGGCCACUAACAUAGCUGAGACCUCCAUUACUAUAAAUGGUAUAGUGUUUGUCAUUGACUGCGCAUUUGUCAAACUGCGAGCCUAUAACCCCUGCACUGCCAUUGAGUCACUGGUGGUCACUCCCAUCUCCAAGGCCUCCGCCAGCCAGAGAGCUGGCAGAGCGGGACGCAACCGGCCAGGCAAAUGCUUCAGGCUAUACACAGAGGAGGACUUUGAGAAGCUGCCUGCCUCUACUGUGCCAGAGAUGCAGCGUACUAACUUGGCCCCUGUCAUCCUGCAGCUCAAAGCCCUCGGCAUUGACAAUGUGCUGCGAUUCAGUUUCCUCUCUCCUCCUCCUGCCCAGACCAUGGUCCAAGCUCUGGAACUACUCUAUGCUCUUGGAGGUCUGGACCAAUAUGGCCGUUUGACUGACCCCAUGGGAGUGCGGAUGUCAGAGUUCCCUCUCAGCCCCAUGUUUGCCAAGAUGCUUUUAGAGUCAGGGAAUUUUGGUUGUUCUAAAGAAAUUGUUACCAUAGCAGCGAUGAUGCAAAUUCAAAACAUCUUCAUUGUGCCGCCCAAUCAGAAGAAAGCUGCUGCCCGAGAGCACAGGAAGUUUGCAGUGGCUGAGGGAGACCAUCUCACAAUGCUGAAUGUGUAUGAAGCAUUUAUCAAGCACCAGAAGAGCUCCCAGUGGUGCCAAGAACACUUCCUCAAUUACAAGGGUCUCCUGCGGGCCAUCACCGUACGAGAGCAACUCCGUCGGCUCAUGAACAAGUUUAAGGUGCCACGGACCUCCAGUGAAGGUGAUCCUGAUGUAAUCCUUAAAUGUAUUGUGUCUGGGUUCUUUGCCAAUGCGGCCCGUAUUCACCAUUCAGGUUCUUACAGGACUCUACGAGAUGACCGUGAGCUUCACAUUCAUCCCAACUCCGUGCUGUUUGGAGAGAAACCUCCAAAAUGGGUUGUCUUCAAUGAAGUGGUGCAGACUGCAAAGUACUACAUGCGUGACGUGACUGCUGUUGAGUCAUCCUGGUUGGUUGAGCUGGCACCUCACUUUUACAAGCAGGCAAAGCAUGGAUCACUGGCCAGCAAGAGAUCCCGGGUUCUCUAAACCUGGCCAGACUAUCACUUCUAUUAGAUGACAAGACCCAGUUUAAAGGAAAAGCACCCCUGCACCCGCCACUGUGCCCCCAUCCAUCUCUGUAUAUACAGAUGUAUUAUAUAUUUAUUGUCCAUGUCUACCUGCACAUCUCCUUCACAUAGGAGGCACUAUCUGGCCAAGUUGGAAUGGACAUUCAUGGCACAAUGUCAGUGUUUCAAGUAUGGUUUACUCACAUUUGUUUGCUUGUCCCUUUUACUUUUUGCCUUGGUGGGAUUGAGCAUAGUAUUUGUUUUUAACAGUUUACUAUCUCAGCCACGAGUUUGCAUGGUUGUGAAAAAGAUGAGAGCAGACGGUGAUGGAUUUUAACAAAGUUCAGAAUGUGCCUUACUUGUGUCCAUUUAGGCAUGCCUGGAUAGUGGUGACCUUUCAUAACUGUAAAUAAAUCAGAGUAGUAUGAGGUCCAGGAAAAUGACGGUCCUGUUGCAGGCCUUUCCAGACCUGGCCCUUGGCUUCAUUAUUUUUUUAUUGCUGUAUUUUUUUCCUGUUGUUGCACAAUAGAUAUAUUUGAAGACAAUGGAAUGUGGUAAUGUUAGACUUUGGGGGAACAUAAAGUGGUUUUAUUUUUGAUUGUUUGCGUCCCCCCCCCCCCCCAUAGCCUGGGUACCUUUUAUGUUUCUAGUCAUUUCACAACAUGUGACGUUGAACACAGCAAAUCUUCUUUAUUUUUUGUACCCUCAUUCUGGCCACGGUGCCCGGGGUUACACAUGUUCAGGAUUUUGCUGUAGCGGUGCUGUCGGUCAGCUCCAGGCAGAACAGCUGAUGUGAUACUGUGAAAAGACGACUCUGCUUUUAAACCAUUUUACAGGUCUUUGUUUACCACUUUACAACUGUCUAGUUCAAACAUAGUGGCCUUGAUAGCACACUGUGCCAGUUGGUUUUCAUCAACCUUAUUUCACAUUUCAUUCUUGGAUAGAUUGUGCAGACAAACCUGAGCAUAGUCAAUGCAAUCCAAAUUAAAAGUGAAGUGCCAUUUGUUCCUACUAUGAUGACGUCAGGUGCAUCCAGACAUGCAACAAACACCUCAAAGACACGGUAGCAUUUAUCUUUUUUAGCUGUCCCUUUGACUAUUGCAGUUGCACUUCUUCUUAAAGCCUGUGUUUAAAAAGGAAAAAAAGUCAAAACACAAAAACCUCUGUAGUACAUUUUCAUUUAUUCAGUGACCUGAAGUUGUCCAUUCAGGUUAUUUAGUAGAGUGGUAUAUUUUCCCUUUUCCACCCCAUACCUACUUUUACUUUUUUACAUUCCUGCCUUAGUUCUUAUUUCUGUACUUUAUAAUUUUGGUUUUCAUCAGGUGUAUUUGGCCCAGAAACUAUAGAAGGCCUCAGUGAGCAAUAGAAAAAGAUUGUAAUUUUGAUCCACUAGAACCUGCUUUCAUAUCAGUAAGGUUACUGUCCUGAACUUUAUUGAUUUAUGUCUGCUUGGUUUUUCGUAGAUAAAAUAAGAUGCAGUUAAAAUAGUCAUCCAAAACAUGGAGGAAAAACACAACUUCAAGUAAUAAAUUCAAUCCAAUUAGAUGUGUGUACAAAUGAAGUACUCUUGCAUGUUACACGGUACUCUAAAGUACGCUUAAGAUCACCACGUAGGUCAAUUGCAAAUGUAGCCGACUGCAAGAUGACUCAUUUAUUCCCAUGUGUGCCGAUAUUCAGAACCUGUAACCAGCCUACCUGUAAUCUAUAGACAUGUAGAUGCUAAACUGUGAGAAAAAGCCCUGUUCCCUCACAUCUUUUCCACACGUAUUCAAAUAAAGCCUUACGGUCAUG